AAAAAAAAGUGUUCGUAAGCAUGGUCACAUACUUUUCGUGGUUUCCGUGGCAACCCUUACAUAAUCCAAAAGUUGUUCCAACUGCUAGGAUCACACUCGGUCACAUUGCCCUUCCGUUUUCGGCACUUGUCAAAGAAAAUCUGAACUGACCGGUAAUGAUGUCUCUGCUCGAAUGGAAGAAACGCCCCGCAUGGAAGCUCUGGCUGAGCGAGCUGCCUCGCCAAGGAUCUCGCCAAGGACCCUUCCUAACUCUGCGCUACUACAAGCGCAAGCCCGCCUUCCGCCCCCGGGCUUCGGGGGCCACUCCUUCGCCGGACACGUCGGUGAGCUCCAAGUUCCAGGACACUCGCAACAAGCUGCUCGGUCUGCUGCAGCGCUGCGAGAAGGUGGACACCAUCGUCGAGGAGUCCCGCCGGCGACCCAAUCCCUUCCAGCCCGCGGCUGCCUUUGCGAUGGAUGCGGCCUACGAGGAGAUCGAGGACCACAUGCUCCAGGGCAUCCUGGGAUGGUCCGACCACGAGGACGCCGAUGCCGAAGAUGGGGCCUUGAAAAUGUAGUAGGGAACCUGGACGACGACGACGACGACGACGACGGCGGCGGCGACCACCGGAACUCGCCAGCUGGAUGAGAAGAUACUUGAAAACAAAUAAAUACCGGGAAUCCAAAUCUGUCGGCUCCUCUUUCAUUUCACCGGUCGUUGGAUGGGGUCUCUGAAAUUGGAUUAACCUCGGCACAAUGCAUUUUGAUUAAGUUCGUUUAGAUCAAAUUGGACGCCUCAGCAUCUCGGGCUGGGAGCCCUUGCUGCCUAAUUAA